AUGCACGGAUUUUCGGAUGCGUCCGAAGAUGCAUUCGGAUCUUGUAUAUACCUGAGAUCUAUCGACGCGAAUGGUGAAGUGUUUACAAGUCUUCUAUACGCAAAGUCCAAGGCCGCACCGUUAAAGACCGUUACGCUGCCGCGACUCGAGUUAAUGGCAGCCGUAACCUUAGUCAGAUUGUCGAAUGAAGUCAAAAGGUCAUUACGUAUAAAAAUUGAUCAGUGCGUUUACUGGUCAGAUUCAACGGUAGUUUUGGGAUGGCUGAAGUAUCCACCCAAUCAAUUGAAGCCCUUCGUUGCUAAUCGUGUCGCCGAAAUCCAAGACUUGUCGGCAGCUGAUAGCUGGCGUCACGUACCGACUAAAAGCAAUCCCGCAGACCUCGUAUCGAGAGGUGUAAAACCCAGAAAUUUAUUGAAUAACUCGCUGUGGUGGGAGGGGCCUCCAUUUCUAAAAGAAAGAAAGGAGAGCUGGCCUGAAUGUCCUAACAAAAACGAAAAUUUGCCCGAUAUUCGCAAACAAAAGGUUAAUUUACUUAUCUCGUGUUCAGAAAAUGAUUUUAUUAAACAUUUUUCGGACGUAAAUAAACUCAAGCGAAUCACCGCAUAUAUAAGAUGUUUCUAUUUAAACUGUAAGGCCAAGGGAAAUCCUGAACUAAGUAAUAGUGGACCAUUGGAAGUUUCUGAAUUAGACGGUGCAUUAAACUGUUUGACAAAAUUAUCGCAAGGCGAAUUCUUUCAUCGUGAUAUUAACAAAUUGAACAAGAAUAAACCUGCCGCUGACUGCAAAAUUAUUAGUCUUAAUCUGUUUUUGGACCGCGAUGGCAUUUUACGAGUUGGCGGACGGUUAACCAAUGCCAAAUUUGCUUUUGAGAAAAAACACCCGGCAAUUUUAUCGUCUAAAAGUCAUUUAGCCGAGUUACUAGUAAGGAACACGCAUUUACGAUUGAUGCACGCUGGACCGCAGCACACGUUGGUUACGCUUCGUGAAAGGUAUAAACCCACUCAAACUCAACCCAUAAUGGCGCCUUUACCAGAAAUGCGUUUGAAAUCGAGACAUCCGUUUGAAUUUGUCGGCGUUGAUUAUGCCGGACCUAUGUCGAUCAAAAAUAAAUCCGGAAGAGGAUACAAGGUAUCCAAAGCUUACAUAUGCCUCUUUGUUUGUUGCGUUACGAAAGCAGUACAUACAGAGUUGGAAGGACAUAUGCAAAAAGACUGUAAAGAAAGUGUACCAGGGCAAUCAAAUUCAAGAGUUGUGCAAGGUGGUUUUACAAGAGGUAGUUUCAGAGGAAAUUAUAGAGGUGGUUAUAGUAGAGGAGGUUUUCGAGGAUAUGCAACUCCAAGUAGAGGUUUCACUCGAGGUAGAAGUUAUCAUACAAACUACAGAAAUCAGGGAAAUCAUGUAGAGGUGAACAAGAAACAAAGUUCCGAAGAUCAGGAAGAGCAAGAUGGAAUAUGUUUUUUGAUGAAUGGUAAUGAAAGUAAGAUUAUUAUACAAUACCAUAUACGCCACAGCAGAAUGGUAAGGCUGAGAGGUUUAAUAGAAGUUUGUUGGAAAAGGCAAGAACAAUGA